GGCUCACCUAUCCCAAUCCACGCGCGUGCCAUGGCGAAGAUUCAAAAAAUUAAACUCCCAGCUCACACGCUCCGAUCAGUUGACAACGGAGCCCACUCUCGCAAACAUGUUUACGGCGAAGUCUUCUGCGCUUCUCCUGUUCCUCGGUACCGUAGCUGAGGCAAUCACGUUGCUGCCAUGCGAGAUCCCUAAUGAAGACGCGAUCGGUUACUGCAUUCCAACGUUCGGAUGCACAGCCUACCAGAAGUUGAUCGCUACCGGACCUUUGGACUACGAACAGCAAGAGUUUGUUAACCAACUAAAUUGCUCCCGGACGGCAGUUUGCUGCCCACCGAGGGCCAACGUUUACCAGAAUCCCCGAAUAGAGUUACCGAAGUUAGACAAAGAUUUGAUCGCGAAUUGUGGUGCGGACACCACCGAGGACCGGAUCUUUGGAGGCCAAGUUACCACCAUCGACGAAUUCCCAUGGUUGGCGUUGUUGUUCUACGAGUCGAUGCAAACCGGAAUGUUGCACCCGUCGUGUGGAGGGGCAUUGGUGGCGAAACGCUGGGUACUCACGGCUGCCCAUUGUGUUACGGGGAAGAGUUAUACGAACUUGGGGCCACUCAAAUUUGUCCGACUGGGAGAGCACAAUCUGGACACGGAAGUGGACUGUGAUUUGAACGAAGACUGCAACGAAAAGGCACUCGAUGUUGAAGUGGAGAAAGCUAUCCCCCAUCCGGACUAUGAUAGUAAAAGCUGGGAUCGAUACAACGAUGUGGCGUUGGUCAAACUGGCCAAUGAUGCUCCGUUCACGGACUUCAUUCGACACAUUUGUUUGCCAGGCUACUACAAUUUAACGGAACAGUUGAGCAAGGAAAACAUGAAGUAUGUGGCGGCUGGCUGGGGACGGACGGAUUUCUACAACACCAGCACCAGCGUACCGAGUAAACUAAAGCUGAAAGUCAGUUUACCGCACGUCGAUCAGGAACGUUGCCGAACAGUCUACGCGGAGCAUACGAUUCGCAUAGCCGACAGCCAAAUCUGCGCCGGCGGUCAGAAAGCGCACGACACCUGCCGGGGGGACAGCGGUUCCCCGUUGAUGUACUACAACCGGCAGCAUGCCCGUUGGUUUGCCUACGGCAUCGUCAGCCGGGGUCCGUCCCAGUGCGGCACCGAAGGGGUUCCCAGUAUUUAUACGAAUAUUUUCAAAUAUGGGGACUGGGUCAGGAGAACAAUUGCAAGUAAUUGAGCAGGAGGAAAGCAGGGAUGUUGUUAUUAAGAGAUUGAAAUAAAAUGGGAAUAACAAAAUGAAGCAUAAAGAUGUUUCUGUUGUUAAUCCUUUCGGGACAAGAAAGAAAUAAUCCCUUUCACCCCCUGUGAUUCGUUGUCAAGGUCCGUUGCAAUGUCAAGAAAAGUGAACCACCAUAGAGAGUGUACAAACAAGGUCAAUCAAUG